AUGUUCAACCCUCACAAAGCGGAUAAAGCGGACAAAGGUAUACGCGCAAUAUGUCGUGAGGCUAAAGAUGCAGAGCAGCGCUUGAGAAAUGAAAUACAAAAUAGUGAGUACGUGAAAAAUCAGAUAUUUAAUAAAAAAAUGACGCUUCAGAGACUCACAGAUCAGUUUGAAGGAAUAGAAAGUGAAUCAAAACAAUACAGAGAUCAAGUUAACGAACUAAAUCAUCGAAAAGAGUUUUUACAAAAACAAAAUUCAAUGUUAAAUCAGUUAAUUCAGAAUGUUAUUACAGAUACAAAGAGGAAAUCGGGUAGAUCACAAUUUGAAUUAUCACAAGAAGACCGUGAUCUUAUAUCUUCCUCAAUAAACCAGUUUUAUAAGAACUUAGAUUUUGAGUGCGAGCCAGUAAAUAUUGAUGAAAUGAAAAAGGAACUUGUGAGUGUUAAAGCUCAACAGAAGACUUUACAAAAUGAAAUUGAAAUUUUAAAAAGAAUUUCUGGUCAAUGGGAUCCGGUUGAUGAUUUAUCGAUAGAAGUAGAAGAUUUUGUACAGAAAAUCAGUUUAGAACCAGAGAUUGUACCAAAACAGCCAAUGUCUGAAAGAAUUUCAAUUCCACAAGAUCCAUCACUUCUAGAAACAUCACAUCAUGUGCAUCGCUCAUCAGUAAAUCAUACACCAGAAGUAAUAGAGCAAGUUGAGAAAGAAAUCGAAAAAAGAAACGUGUUAUUAAACGAAAAUCAGCAAAUUUACAAUCAACAGAUCAAUUCUCUGCAGAAAAUAAUUGACUUAUCAAAUAAUUACAAUUUACGACAAAAUCAAUCCAGAAAAUUCGCAGAUAAUGAAUUACUUUCAAUUUCCGACAGUGAAGAAGAAGUUGACGUAUAUCCAAUCACUAUUCCGCAAAUACAACAGCAUGCCGACUCUUCUACAGCAUUUCUUAACGAAUAUACAGACCUUUUGACAAAUUUGACAAAUUCUCUUCCAAAACCAACAUUAUUCAAUGAUUGCAUAGCUACAGUACAACAGAAUCUCAGUAUACCAGAUGUGAAGAUCACAGAACCGAUUGUUGACAGAUUUACUCAAGCAAGUCCAGAUUUAGCCAAAUUAUCAGUAGAACUUCAGAGUUUACAAAAAUUACCAAGAGAUAUGAUUGAUACUAUGUCUAAUGUCCCAACAAUUCCAACAAAUCAAGAUAUAAAUAGCGAUGAUCUCGAAAAAGAAACGCUAACACUAGAGCCAAUCGAUAAUAGAGCUGUUGAUGCAUUAUUAACACAAGUAGAGAAAAUUUCUCCGGAUCUUUCAAAUCCUCUGAAGGAAAUUAUUGAAAAAAGUGACACUGAAAUUUUCCAUGAACUUGAACAGCCGGAAAUUAUUGAAAUUGAGCCUUCCAAUGCGGAUCAGAUAAACAAAUUCAAUGCAAUGCUUAGUGAUAUCAUUUCCAUUGACUUCCCUGAUGAAUCUCAACUUCCAAUUCCUUCGCAUUCUCAAGAUUCGCAAGUCAUUAACGUCAAACCUGUAAAUAUACCAAUGAUUACAAAUACAGUCUGCCAAUACUUGAAUCCCUCCCAACAGAAUGUUGAAUUUCUUGAAAAAGAAAUUAUUGAAAUCAGAAAACGCCUCAAACUUGUUGAUUACCAACUUAACUCGAUAGAAGAUGUUGAAUUAGAAGUUAGUGAUGAUGAAAUCAAGAGAUUAGACGAAGAAAUGCAGAGACUACAAAAAAUUCUUGAUGAAGAUUUAUCUUUAUUCACAGAAAAACGCUCUAUUUACUCUCGCAUCAAGACAGAAAAGGAUAAUGUCCAGAAAGAACUCAAUUCUCUUGAAGCACCAGAUAUGAAUCAACUUGAGGAACUAGAACAAGAAGUUGGAAGGAAGCAGAGAGAAUACGAAGCAAGAAAACAAAAGGCUGAUGAAGAAAUUCAGCAGUUCAGGGAUUUAAGGUCCAUGAUGAAGAUGAAAAAGACUUAA